UGCCAAACGUUCUGUGACGGUGUCUUUGGUGUGAGAUUCUGCACUUAUAUUCUGUUAUCAAUACAUAGUGUUCUUGUGAAUGUGCGGCAUCCUGAUGAGGCUAAAUGUGCCCCAAGUACUUUCAGAAAAUGUUGCCACUUGCCACCGCUCUUGCUUUGAUUCAGGUGGAACUUGGAAGCUAAAUUAGCCACGUGCAAAACAAGCACGAUCUAUUUUAUGGGUUUAUUUUGUUAGGCUCUUGUUAGAUCUACUCUUUGGUGACCCGAGAAUUUUGCGGUGGCUAGGCCUGGCCAUAGUAUUGCUCUUUUAAAAGUGGAAUUCCAGUCCAAGGCAAAAGAGUCACAUCGACCAUGUAUUUGUAAUCACUCAGGGUAAAUCAAACCAUCAAGCAUUUGCAUCGAGGCAUUUUAAGAUUCUUCGGCUUCGCUGUCCAGGGACGCUAGCGCCAAAUCUUCUAACCGGGGUUCCUGAGCUCUCGCUGUCGCCGUCGCCGCUGCCAUUGUCGUUGCUGCCGACUUCUUAGCUUCACCUGACCGGAGUUAUCUGUCAUUGCAAUUCAAUUUGACACGAGUUUGAAUACCCACUCCUUUUACCAUCUCCAACCAAAGUUCGCUCCUUGAGACAGCCGUGUCUUCCGUGAUAUGCAGCCUCACUAUUCAUUCGGUUUUCUUCUUCGAAGCAUUCGUCGAAUCAAAAUCAAUAUCAACUUCGCUCACUGCUUGUCUUCAUCUGGCUGUUCAGAACUGGUUUCUUGUUGCUUCCCGAGAGGAUGAUCGCUUCUUUCUCCUGGUCUGCUCGAGAUGUCUUGAUUGCAUUAGCUACAUGUAAGAAAUGGAGAGAAGCUUGGCGCAAUCACCUGCACACUGUAUCUGAUGCUAUGGAGUUCCUUUGCAUCAUGUGAUAUGCCUAGAAAUGAUGCUUCAGGAGCUCUCCGGCGUUUCCCCUUUCAGAAGAUGCAUCAGGAUAUUUGUUAACAACAGUGAGGAACCAUUCGUUCUCGAUUCCAAUACAUAUUACGAGCUUGAUGGUCCAAGUGAAAUGAAUUCAUGAACAGUCAUGGCGUGCUGUUAUGGGGAGGAAUAAGCUGAAGGACACGACAGAGCUGGCUCACCUUAUUCAAAGCUAUGCACAAACUAGAGAGUUAAACAAAGGGAAACAAUUGCAUGCUCAGCUUAUUCGAGGUGCUUAUCCACUAUGCACCUUCCUCACAAAUCACUUAAUCAACAUGUACUCAAGAAGUGGAGAACUUGGUUAUGCCAUGAAACUGUUUGACAAAAUGCCACAAAGAAAUGUGGUUUCUUGGACGGCAAUGAUUUCUGGGUUUUCUCAAAAUCGGAGGUUUGGAGAGGCUCUGAAUACUUUUUGUCUUAUGAGGAAUGUUGGAGAAGCACUGACACAAUUUGCUUUUUCAAGCGUCCUUCGAGCUUGUGUCUCUCAUGGGUCGGUUGAGCUUGGGACACAAUUGCAUAGUCUCGCCAUGAAAUGUGGUUUUAGCAAUGAACUAUUCGUGGGGAGUAAUUUGGCAGACAUGUACUCGAAGUGUGGGAUAAUGCACGAAGCUUGUAAAGUUUUUAAUGAGAUGCCUUACAAGGAUCAGGUGUUGUGGACUUCUUUGAUUGAUGGCUAUGUGAAAAAUGGAGAUUGCGAGGAAGCUUUACUAGCUUAUAAGAAAAUGGUCAUCAAUGAUAUUGUGAUUGAUCAGCAUGUGCUUUGUAGCACUUUGAGUGCUUGCAGUGCACUAAAGUUUUCUCAUCUUGGGAAGUCCCUCCACUCAACUAUUGUGAAGUUGGGAUUUGAAUUGGAUACUAUUCUAGUAAAUGUCAUCAUAGACAUGUAUUCAAAGUAUCAAGACAUGGAAAGUGCUUUGAAGAUCUUCCAAAUUGAUUCACAUUAUAGGAAUAUAGUGUCAUGUACUGCUCUAAUCGAUGGAUACGUUGAGAUGGACCAAAUUGAAGAUGCUUUAAGUACUUUUGUUGACUUACGGAGGCAGGGAAUUGAACCUAAUGAAUUUACUUUCUCUAGCUUAGUGAAGGGCUGUGCUAACCAAGCAGCACUAGAACAAGGAAUCCAGCUUCAUGGCCAAGUUGUCAAAUUUAACUUUGAUAGAGACCCUUAUGUUGCUUCAACUCUUGUUGACAUGUAUGGAAAAUGUGGGUUGUUUGAUCACUCAACUCAAGUGUUUGAGGAGAUCGAGAACCCAAAUAAUAUAGCAUGGAAUUCAUUGUUGGGAGCUUUUGCACAACAUGGUUUAGGAAGAAAUGCCAUUGAAACUUUUAACCGAAUGAUUGACAAAGGGGUUAGACCAAAUGCAAUAACAUUUGUGAGUCUUUUAACAGGAUGUAGUCAUACAGGAAUGAUAGAAGAGGGAUUAAACUUCUUUCAUUCCAUGGACAAGAUUUAUGGGGUGGUGCCCAGAGAAGAACACUAUAGUUGUGUUAUUGAUCUGCUUGGUCGAGCCGGAAAGCUCAAAGAAGCUGAAAAUUUUAUAAAUAACAUGCCGUUUGAGCCAAAUGCUUUUGGAUGGUGUUCUUUUCUUGGGGCUUGCAAAGUACAUGGUGAUAAGGAGCGGGGCAAACUUGCAGCAGAAAAAUUGAUGAAGCUUGAACCUGAAAAUGGUGGAACUCAUGUUUUGCUGUCAAACAUUUAUGCUAAGGAAGGACAAUGGGAAGAUGUUAGAAGUUUGAGGAAGAUGAUAAGAGACGGAAACAUAAAGAAAUUGCCAGGUUAUAGCUGGGUUGAUAUCCAAAACAAAACCCAUAUAUUUGGAGCUGAAGACUGUUCUCAUCCUCAAAAGAAAGAAAUUUAUGAAAAGCUUGACAGCCUUCUCGAUCAGAUAAAGAAUGCUGGAUAUGUUUCUCAGACGGAACUAGUUUUGGUUGACAUGAACGAGGCCUUGAAAGAGAAGCAUCUUCAUCAUCACAGUGAGAGAAUUGCUGUGGCUUUUUCACUAAUUAGCAUGCCAAUCGGGAAGCCAAUUAUUGUAAAGAAGAAUUUAAGAGUCUGUGCUGAUUGCCAUUCUGCCAUCAAGUUGAUAUCUAAAGUUACCGGGCGAAUUAUAAUUGUUAGAGAUAGCAGUAGAUUCCACCAUUUCUCAAAUGGUUCAUGCUCCUGUGGGGAUUACUGGUAAUGCUUGAAGGCUUGAUGGUUUGUGAAGGGAUGUGAUGCUAACAAUUAGGAAUACACUUCCCUUGAUUGUUUACCUUGCUGCUGGAAAGAGGAGAAAAUGUCUGUGAUGGUUAUGUGUUGUAAAAUCUACUCCUGGCGGGAAGUAUUGAAGUUUCUUUCUCCCGCGGCAUCCAUUUGGCUGGUUGCCAUAUUCCAUUAACAGAGCAAUAGAAACACUCGAUGAGAAAUAUUGACCAAUCGUUAUUCGUUGAUCAUCACGAAAAACACAGCAAACAGGUGAGUAUAAUUCAUUUAAAACUUCAGCUGGUAUUGUUUUAGCUAUUUUAUUUCGUAUAGAUUUCAAGUUAGAGAUACAUGAGACCUUAGUCAAUUGGAUCGGGUUGGAGAAAUCAAGAGUUCAUUGGUGAAGGAAAAAUCAAAUGAAAACGAAACUGGCCAUGUUUUAAGGCAAAAAAUGAUAUCUUCAGUUAUAUACCGCACUGUAGUACACGUGGUUUUUAUGCCUUUAAAGAACAAAGGUA